GAGCAAACCACAAUCUCCAGGUCCGGCUCAGGGUUGUUCUGAAACUCUUCAGAGAGGACGGCAGGCUCGCCCAUGGCAGCAUUGGUGCAGGGUCCAAUGUUAAGGAUGCUGUCACACACCUCAAAGGUGGCGCUGUGUGGAAGUUUAUGAAGAGACCUGGUCCGGAUCCAAGCUUUCUGUCCCCAUUCUACUUUCUGAAACGUCCACCAAAAGACACGGACCCCUGGCAUCUCAUAACCACUCAGCGAUGCUGAAGACCAACCGAGGUACUAUAGGAGGCUUCUUCCUCGCUGGUCGUGAUAUGGCCUGGUGGCCGAUGGGCGCCUCUCUCUUUGCCAGUAACAUCGGCAGCAACCACUAUGUGGGGCUGGCUGGGACAGGAGCAGCUUCAGGAGUCGCCACCGUAACAUUUGAAUGGACUUCCUCAGUAAUGUUGCCGAUUCUUGGGUGGAUCUUUGUCCCUAUCUACAUCAAGUCGGGGGUGAUGACCAUGCCAGAAUAUCUCAAGAAGCGGUUUGGUGGGGAGCGACUCCAGGUCUACCUCUCCAUCCUCUCCCUCUUCAUCUGUGUGGUUUUGUUAAUUUCUGCAGACAUAUUUGCUGGAGCCAUAUUCAUCAAGCUGGCCUUGGGAUUGGACCUUUACCUGGCAAUCUUCAUCCUCUUGGCUAUGACUGCUGUUUACACCAUCACUGGGGGCUUGGCCUCGGUGAUUUACACAGACACCCUCCAGACCAUCAUCAUGCUGAUUGGCUCUUUUAUUCUCAUGGGGUUUGCAUUUAACGAAGUUGGAGGUUAUGAGAGCUUUACCGAGAAGUACAUGAAUGCCACCCCAUCUGUAGUCGAGGGGGACAACUUGACAAUCAGUGCCAGUUGCUACACACCUCGGGCGGACUCCUUCCACAUCUUCCGAGAUCCUGUGACUGGGGACAUUCCAUGGCCAGGAAUUAUAUUUGGAAUGCCCAUUACAGCUUUGUGGUACUGGUGCACAAAUCAGGUCAUUGUGCAGCGCUGCCUGUGUGGCAAGGACAUGUCUCACGUGAAGGCCGCUUGCAUUAUGUGUGCUUACCUGAAGCUGCUGCCCAUGUUCCUCAUGGUGAUGCCGGGGAUGAUCAGCCGCAUCCUGUACACAGAUAUGGUAGCAUGUGUGGUACCUUCUGAAUGCGUGAAACACUGCGGCGUUGAUGUUGGCUGCACUAACUACGCAUACCCAACGAUGGUGCUGGAACUGAUGCCCCAAGGACUGCGAGGCCUGAUGCUUUCAGUCAUGCUGGCCUCUCUCAUGAGCUCCCUGACCUCCAUCUUCAACAGCACCAGCACCCUCUUCACCAUUGACCUCUACACCAAGAUGCGGAAGCAAGCGUCGGAGAAAGAGCUCCUGAUAGCUGGACGGAUAUUUGUUCUUCUAUUAACUGUUGUGAGCAUUGUGUGGGUCCCAUUGGUACAAGUGUCUCAAAAUGGACAACUAAUCCAUUACACAGAAUCAAUUUCUAGCUACCUUGGGCCUCCAAUUGCAGCUGUCUUUGUGCUUGCCAUCUUCUGUAAAAGAGUCAAUGAACAGGGAGCAUUCUGGGGUCUAAUGGUUGGACUUGCGAUGGGCCUCAUUCGUAUGAUAACAGAGUUUGCUUAUGGAACAGGGAGUUGCUUGGCUCCCAGUAACUGUCCCAAGAUUAUCUGUGGAGUGCACUAUCUGUACUUUUCCAUCGUUCUCUUUUUUGGGUCCAUGCUGGUCACCCUGGGAAUUUCCCUCUUAACAAAACCCAUUCCUGAUGUACAUCUGUACCGCCUGUGCUGGGUUCUUCGGAACAGUACAGAGGAGCGAAUUGAUAUAGAUGCAGAAGAGAAAAGUCAGGAAGAAACAGAUGAUGGCGUUGAAGAAGAUUAUCCUGAGAAAUCACGUGGAUGCCUCAAGAAAGCUUAUGACUUGUUCUGCGGUUUGCAGAAGGGACCCAAGCUAACCAAGGAGGAGGAGGAAGCCUUGAGCAAGAAGCUCACAGACACAUCUGAGAGGCCCUUGUGGAGGACAAUAGUGAACAUCAAUGCCAUCCUCCUCCUGGCUGUGGUGGUCUUUAUUCACGGCUACUAUGCCUGAACUCUAUCUGAGCCAUUAGAAUAAUGAAUAAUUCUUAAUAAUGAACCAAAGGAUAAUUUUAGUGAUUUUAAUUUUUUUUUUUUUUUUUUUUUUUUGAGAGGGAGUCUUGCUCUUUCUCCCAGGCCGGAGUGCAGUGGCGCUAUCUCGGCUCACUGCAAGCUCCACCUCCCGGGUUCACGCCAUUCUCCUGCCUCAGCCUCCCGAGUAACUGGGACUACAGGCGCCCGCCACCACGCCCGGCUAAUUUUUUGUAUUUUUAAUAGAGACGAGGUUUCACCGUGUUAGGCAGGAUUGUCUCGAUCUCCUGACCUCGUGAUCCACCUGCCUUGGCCUCCCAAAGUGCUGGGAUUACAAGCGUGAGCCACUGUGCCCGGCCAUUUUCAUUUUAUAGUAUGUUGUGUGGCCAAAAAAAAAAAAAAAAAUGAGCAGUUGGUAAUUUUAUCUAAUGAGAUGACUACAGACUUGAUAUUUUGCUUUUGUUGUUCCUUUGUGUCACUAAGAGUUGAUAAUUUAUAAAACUGUGAAGUGACCUCUACGUGUGUAAACAAGACACACAGGUCUAAAUUCUAUUUUUCCAGCUUUAUUGAGGUAUAGUAAACAAAUGAAAAUGGUUUAUAUUUAGGAUGUACAACGUGAUGAUUUGAUAUAUGUAUACAUUCUGAAACAGUAACCACAAUCUCAAGUUAGCUAACACAUCUAUUAACCUCACAUGUUUACCUUUUCUGUGUGUGUGGUGAGAACAACUGAUAGCCUCUUAGUAAAUUUCAAGCACACAAUACAGUAUUAUUAGCUACAGUCACCAUGCUAUCCUUUGCACCCUCAGAAUAUAUUCAUCUUAUGAAUGUUUGUACUCUAAUACCUCCCCAGUUACCUACCCCUUCGCCCCAGGCAACCAUCAUCUACUCUCUGCUUCUAUGAGUUCAACUUUUCAUUGCAGCACUGUUCACAAUAGCUAAGAUACAGAAACAAUUUAAGUGUGCUGUGAUGGAUGAAUGAUGAGAAUGUUGUAUAUAUACAUAAUGGAAUACGAUUCAGACAUAAAAAUGAAGGAAAUCCUGCCACUUGCAACAAUGUGGAUGAACCUGCAGAACAUUAUGCUAAGUGAAAUAAGCCAGACACAGAAAGACAAAUGCUAUAGGAUCUCACUUAUAUGUGAAGCCUUAAAAAGAAAAUGACCAGGUGAUAUGGUUUGGCUGUAUCCCCACCCAACUCUCAUCAUAGAUUGUAGUUCCCAUAAUCUCCACGCGUUGUGGGAAGGACCUGGUGGGAGGUAAUUGAAUUGUGAGGGCGGUCAUCCCCAUGCUGCUGCUGUUGUGAUCGUGAGUUCUCAUGAGAUCUGAUGGUUUCUGAUGGUUUUAUAAGGGGCUUCCCCCUACUUCGCUUUGCACUUCUUUCUCUCGCCGCCUUGUGAAGAAGGACGUGUUUCCUUCCCCU